CGUCCCUCGCCGUUUCUGUCCAAGAGAGAGUGGUGUGUGUGGCGGCGUGUCUGAGUGUGGCUCCCAACAAGCCGGUGAAUAUACAGAGGAUAAAAUGGCGGAUCCUGUGACACUUUUCAUUUCCAUUGGCCUCAGUGAGCAGAAAGCUAAAGAAACGCUGAAAAAUGAAGCGCUUAGUGCCACCCUGAAGGACGCGAUCACUCAGGCUCAGCGUGUCAGUGGAUCAUCAGAAUUGGACAAAGCCAUGGGUACACUGCUGUACAGUAUGGCAUCUCGCCUUAAAGACACCAAACGCCUGGCUUUCCUCUCUGACACCAUAGCUAAGCGCAAAAUCUGCACAGAGCUACAGCUGGCAGCUGCUUUGGACUUUGUGAAGAGUCAUCCUCAGGACCCCCUCAACGAGAAGGAGUUUGAAGCAGCAUGUGGAGUGGGCGUGGUCGUAACACCAGAGCAGAUUGAAGAUGCAGUGGAGACUGUGAUCAAGAAGCACAAGGAACAGUUGGUAAAAGAGAGGUACCACUUCAACAUGGGACUGCUAAUGGGAGAGGCACGCGCUGCUCUGAAAUGGGCUGAUGGAAAGGUCAUCAAAAAUGAGGUGGACAUGCAGGUCCUGCAUCUGUUGGGUCCCAAGACAGAGGCUGACCUGGAGAAGAAAGCAAAGCCCCAGAAGACUAAAGUUGCAGAGAAGGAUGUAAAGGCGAAGAAAGAGGAGGUGGCAGUGAACGGUGAUGUGAUGACUGGGGAGGGAAAGUCGCUGAUGGAGCAGCUCAGAGGAGAAGCACUGAAGUUCCAUAAAACAGGUGAGAACUAUAAAACUGAGGGCUACGUGGUUACACCCAACACCAUGAACUUGCUUAAGAAGCACCUGGAGAUCAGUGGUGGGCAGAUUCGUACUCGCUUUCCUCCUGAGCCCAACGGCAUCCUUCACAUUGGACAUGCUAAAGCUAUCAACUUCAAUUUUGGUUUUGCCAAGGCGAACAGUGGAAUUUGUUUCUUGAGAUAUGACGACACAAAUCCAGAGAAGGAGGAGGAAAAGUACUUCACUGCUAUCAAGGACAUGGUGGAGUGGCUUGGGUAUGAGCCGUAUACCGUCACACACGCAUCAGACAACUUUCAGCAACUCUACGAUCUUGCAGUGGAUCUUAUUCGUAGGGGUCAUGCGUAUAUCUGCCACCAGAAGGGAGAGGAACUGAAGGGCCACAACGUUCCUCCAUCACCGUGGAGAGAUCGUCCCAUCGAAGAGUCACUGGUGUUGUUCGAGAGGAUGAAGAAGGGUCUGUUUUCUGAGGGAGAGGCUACACUCAGGAUGAAGAUGAUCAUGGAGGAUGGGAAGAUGGACCCGGUGGCGUACCGCAUCAAAUACACGCCUCAUCAUCGAACAGGAGAUGAAUGGUGCAUCUACCCCACGUAUGACUACACCCACUGCCUGUGUGACUCCAUCGAGAAUAUCACACACUCACUCUGUACCAAAGAGUUUCAGGCCAGGCGUUCAUCAUAUUACUGGCUGUGUAACGCUCUGGAUGUCUACUGCCCUGUUCAGUGGGAAUAUGGCCGCUUGAACCUCACCUACACCGUUGUGUCCAAGAGGAAAAUCAUCAAACUGGUAGAGACAGGUGUUGUCAGAGACUGGGACGAUCCCCGCCUCUUUACUUUGACUGCACUGAGGAGACGAGGUUUCCCACCAGAGGCAAUUAACAACUUCUGUGCACGGGUGGGUGUCACUGUUUCCCAGACAACGACAGAGCCUCAUCUGCUGGAGUCAUGUGUCAGGGAUGUGCUUAACGACACAGCACCUCGAGCAAUGGCUGUCCUGGAGCCACUCAAAAUCACCAUAACUAAUCUUCCUGAGAAUUCAAUGUCUGAAGUACGAGUGCCAGACUUUCCUGCCAACGAAUCCAAGGGUAGCCACACCGUUCCAUUUACACGCACCAUCUUCAUUGAACAGAGUGACUUCAGAGAGGUGAUGGAGAAGGGCUACAAGCGUCUGUCCUUAGAACAGCCUGUAGGCCUAAGGCAUGCUGGGUAUGUCAUUUCUGUCCAGAAGGUCAUCAAGGACUCUCAGGGUAAAGUGGUGGAACUGGAGGUGACAUGCUGCAGCUCUGACACAGCUGAGAAACCAAAGGCCUUUAUCCACUGGGUCAGCCAGCCACUGAAGUGUGAAGUGCGCCUCUAUGAGAGACUAUUCCUGCACAAACACCCAGAGGAUCCAUCUGAAGUGCCUAACGGCUUCCUGAGUGACAUCAACCCUAAUUCCCUUAACAUCAGCAGUGCCUUAGUGGAUACUUCGGUCAGGGGAGCAAAAGUUUUCGACAAAUUCCAGUUUGAGAGAGUUGGCUACUUCUCCCUGGACCCUGACAGCACCGCAGACAAGCUCGUCUUCAACAGAACAGUCACGCUCAAAGAGGAUCCUGGGAAGAUCUGAUUGACUUCGAUCAAACCACAUUUCCUGCUUCCCAUGAGCCCACAGAAACAUGUCCAAAUUGUUUGCAUCACUCAGUGUGUAAAACCAGCAGAAGAACAGACUGUUUAGCUUGAGAUUGAGCCAAAUCAGACACUGUAAUAAAUAUGUCCAUAUUUCUAAAUUGCAGUUCUGGUGCAUGCAGCUGUUUUACAGAAAUUGGGAAAACUUAACUCUAUUUCAUGAUUUUUGGUUAUAAUUUCCUGAGAGAUUAAUGGUAAAAAUAAUUACUGCAGCUUUGGUUUAAUCAAUCUGAAGCUUUGCCAGUCAGUGUCAGUCCUAAUUUCUUUUAGACAUCCGCUGCAAUAAUAUACACUUAGUGUUUCUUCUUUGUUGAAUGUAUGCAACUUUGACCAUGGUUCAACAAGAAUCUCAUCUGUGUUAAUUUAACAUUGAAUCUAUGCUGGCGUUAAACACAGGAGAUGCUCUCAAAUGCCAUACAUGACUUUCUUACAAAGAUGGUGGAUCACUGCCAAACCAUCAUAUGUUUUUUUAAGUCUCAGAGGGAUGCACGUGUCCUUUUGACAGGAGAUGAGAAUAAAUAAUAAUGAAAUAAAA